CUUGUCAUUUUAAACCUAGGUUUCAGCUUCAAGAAUAUUUCUUGUUUUCUUUUUAUUUUUCUUCAAAAAAACAACAGUAAUGGGAGAUCAAAGCCAAGACACUAACAGUGCAAAUCAAGGCUCUGAGAGAAGUGAACCAGUGAGGUCUAGGUGGACUCCUAAGCCUGAACAAAUCCUCAUUCUUGAGUCUAUCUUCAACAGUGGAAUGGUAAACCCUCCAAAAGAUGAAACUGUGAGGAUUCGAAAGUUGCUUGAAAAAUUUGGUUCUGUUGGCGAUGCAAAUGUCUUCUAUUGGUUCCAAAAUAGACGAUCAAGAUCUCGCCGCCGACAACGCCAGUUACAGGCCAGCCUUAACGCUGGAGAGAAAAGAAAUCAACCGCAACCGAGUGGUGCAAUUCCUUAUGAAAAUAGCUAUGCUGCUAUGGGAUUCAACACAUCUCCGGCUUUUGCUUCAACUCCAUCUAAUUUUCUAAUUGGUUCUUCUUCCUCUUGUGGAGUUAUGGGUGAUGACGGUGUGGAGAAUCUUUUCUCAGUGACUGGUCAAAUGGGUUUUCAAGAAGCAGAACAGAACUCCACUGCAACUUCAAUAUUAUGCCCUUCAGAAACUUCCAAUUUGCAAUAUCAAUCUGGAUUUAUCACAGUUUUUAUCAAUGGUGUGCCAACAGAAGUUCCAAGGGGGCCACUUGACAUGAAAGCAGUGUUUGGCCAAGAUGUAAUUUUGGUCCAUUCCUCUGGUGUGCCUGUUUCUACUAAUGAAUUCGGGUUCUUAAUGCAGAGUUUGCACCAUGGUGAAAGCUAUUUCCUGGUUUCAAGACCGGCAUAGACAAGAAUCAAAGAUGAAACAAGUGGGAGCUUACUCUAUAUGUGUUGUUCCAGUGCACUAGGGCUGCUAUUCUGUAACAAUUCUAAGCUCCACCAAAAGAAAAAAAAAAAACCAUAAAAGAUUAUAAGUUAUUGUAUGUUCUAUAGAGAAAGCCACCCAAGCUCAAUAUAAUCAUAUAUAUUGCAUAAUCUAAAAUUUUCUUUUUGAGGGAAACAAUAUAAUGUAUGGUUGUUUAUUUAGAAGUUGCUAAGUAAUUAGUAAAAGCAUGGAAUAUAUUAUAUAUCUUAUUUGUUA